GUGGAGCGGGAGGAGGGAAAGUGUCUGGGCGCUUGGCUGAAACCCAAGAUGGCGGCCGGGAUGUACCUGGAGCACUACCUAGAUAGCAUCGAGAAUUUGCCGUUUGAGCUUCAGCGAAACUUCCAGCUCAUGCGAGACCUCGACCAACGGACAGAAGAUCUCAAGUCAGAGAUUGACAAAUUGGCCACAGAGUAUAUCAGUAAUGCACGGACGUUGUCUUCAGAGGAGAAGCUAGGGCUUCUUAAGCAGAUCCAGGAAGCCUAUGGGAAGUGCAAGGAGUUUGGGGAUGACAAAGUGCAACUGGCUAUGCAGACAUAUGAGAUGGUAGAUAAGCACAUCCGGCGACUGGAUACAGAUCUCGCCCGGUUUGAAGCUGACUUGAAAGAGAAGCAGAUUGAGUCGAGUGACUAUGACAGCUCAUCUAGCAAAGGCAAAAAGAAAGGCCGGGCCCAAAAAGAGAAGAAAGCUGCCCGUGCCCGCUCCAAGGGGAAGAAUUCUGAUGAGGAGGCACCAAAGACAGCGCAAAAGAAGCUGAAAUUAGUCCGCACCACGGAAUAUGGGAUGCCUUCAGUUACCUUUGGAAACGUGCACCCUUCUGAUGUGCUAGACAUGCCUGUGGAUCCCAACGAGCCUACCUACUGCCUCUGCCACCAAGUCUCCUACGGGGAGAUGAUUGGUUGUGACAACCCUGAUUGCUCCAUUGAAUGGUUCCAUUUUGCUUGUGUGGGCUUGACCACAAAGCCAAGAGGGAAAUGGUUCUGCCCUCGCUGUUCCCAGGAGAGAAAGAAGAAAUAAAAGCCACGUCUUCUGAGGUCCAGAUACGGUUACCAGAACACCCACUCUUGUUCCUGGGCUUCAGCACUCUUCUCCCAGUUCCUGGGGCUUCGUAGUUAGGGGGUCUCAUCCUGGGUGAGCAGAGCUCCCUGUGAAUGGUUUGUAUCCAUAUGAUGGUUCCUGCGUGUACUGAAACACUCACUGCUUCCCAGUUCCUCUGUGGCGGCAACCCUUGAGUGGGCGAUGGAGGAAGCCCUCUCUGUUCUUGCAGCCUUUUACCCUGCAUAGGUUCCAAAGCCUGUAUCAGCUUGAAGGAACCCAGACUUGUUGGUGGGUGAAGGAAUGGUACCUGAAUAACUAACAUAAGAAGCAAAAUCUUUCCUUCCAAAUGUCCUAAUUUGUGUCCCUAAAGAGGGGCAACUAGGCCAACUCCUUAUUCAGUCAGUCACUCAAGAAGAUGGACCUCAUUCCUUCCCUCUCCCCACAACAUUCCACUUUUUGAAGGGAGCGCAAACCAUUUAGAGCCAACUGGAAUGUGUCUCAUUUUCUUUGUGGGGAAUGCCCCCUGCCUGCUGAAUGAAGUGUUCAUGGAUUUUGAAACUGAGGCCAGCCAGAAUUCACUUUUCUCUUGGUGGUGCUUGUACUGGGGGAAACCCCGUGUUGUAAAAUAUGGCAUUAAAUAAAGUCAAUUCAACAAC